AAGAGACAGGACGAUUUGCAACAAGCUGCACUCACUAUACGCAAAACUCGUCUCAGAUCUAAAGCGCAGUUUGAGAAACUCUAUGCACGAAGGAUGUUCAAGAACAAAUACCAGCCUGGAGAGCUUGUUCUAGUGCGGAAUACUCAGGUUGAGAAAGAGCUGGAUCGUAAAACAAAGCCUCGUUAUAAUGGCCCUUAUGAAGUU